AUAAACCUCACUAUACUAGCCAUCCUAACAACCCUAUUCCUAGGGACCAUGCUCGUCCUAAUCAGCUCUCACUGACUAAUGAUUUGAAUUGGAUUCGAGAUAAACAUACUAGCAAUAGUCCCUAUCCUAAUGAAAAACUUUAGCCCACGAGCCAUAGAAGCAGCCACAAAAUACUUCCUAAUCCAAGCCACCGCGUCCAUACUACUAAUGCUAGCCAUUACCCUAGACCUGAUAUCUUCUGGACAAUGAACCAUCACAAAAACACACAACACCCUACCAUCAGCCAUCAUCACCGUAGCUAUGGCCAUAAAACUAGGAAUAGCACCAUUCCACUUCUGAGUGCCAGAAGUAACACAAGGAAGCCCACUAUCAUCAGGCAUGCUACUCCUAACCUGACAAAAAGUCGCACCAAUAUCAAUCCUAUACCAAAUAAUACCCACAAUCAACACAAAUAUACUGACAACCAUAGCCGCACUCUCAAUCCUCAUCGGCGGUUGAGGAGGGCUAAACCAGACCCAACUACGAAAAAUCAUAGCAUACUCCUCAAUCGCCCACAUAGGCUGAAUAGCAAUAAUCAUAACAUACAACCCGGACAUUGCCAUUCUAAACCUACUAGUCUACAUCAUAAUGACACUAUCUAUAUUCGCAAUCCUACUAUACAACUCAUCAACAACAACCCUAUCACUAUCCCACCUAUCAAACAAGACACCACUAAUCACAGCCCUCGCACUACUAAUCCUACUAUCACUAGGAGGCCUCCCCCCACUGACCGGAUUCAUGCCCAAAUGAAUAAUCAUCCAAGAACUAACCAAAAACAACAUAGUAAUAAUACCAACCGUGAUAGCAAUAACAGCACUACUCAACCUAUACUUCUACGUACGCCUGGCGUACUCCACAGCACUAACCAUACUCCCAACCACCAACAACAUAAAAAUAAAAUGACAAUUCGAAACAACAAAAAUCAUAAAACUAACCCCACCUCUAAUCAUUUUAUCCACAAUAGCACUCCCACUCACCCCUAUAAUAUCAAUCCUAAACU